AUGGGCAAAUGCAACCAAGAAAAGACCAAGGAUGUUCUUUUUGAUGGCUUUUACAACGAUGGCGAGGAAGCUCCCAUGGGUUGUGAGCCCAUUAUUACCCACCCGUUAGCACCACACUGUUCCGCUACUUCGUCUUCUGUUGCCGAUACUAGCCAGUCGAUCCCGGUAACUGAAACACGCCCCCGCGAGAGGAUGGGCCAAUCAUUCAAAAAAGAGGCCAACAACGUUCUCUUCGAUGGCUUCUCCAAUGAUCCUACAGAUGCUUUAAUGGAUUUUGAGUCUGUAAUCGAGCACCCUCUUUCAUCGCCGAUCGACAUACAGGCUUACUGCACAUUGGUAUACCGAUGCGUCCACUUCAAGUCACGCGGUCCUUGCUCCGACUUUUACUCGAGCCCAAGGUCGGAAAGUGAGAUCAGAGAGGGAGCCAGGGCUGCUUUGAGAGAGAAAGAAUCCAACAGGGGCUUCUUCCUCGACGAAUUCCCAUGCCCGCCUGGCAAACCCUCGACCACCACCUUAUGGACCUGGUCGGAACCUCGCAAGAGCUUCAUGCCUCGUUUCUCCAAGUCACCUUUGGACCUCUUGGAAGGCGUCACGAAGGUAUUUGGUUCUUACCAUUUCAUCCUAAAGACCAACAUCCGCGCUUUCUAUCCCCCCUUCCUCCUACCAAUGUCCUUCGCUGACCUUCUAAAAGUCACCGAAGGGCUUUACAAGUCCGGAGGGAGCGUCAUCAUCAGAGCAAUGCGACCGCAGCCUUGGCGGGAUGCGACUAUCCAUCGUCAACAUUAUUGGCGGUUCAAGCGCUUUGGUGUUGUGGAUUUGGAAGCUGUGCCAAGGAGUGCUAUGGAUGAGGAUGAUGAUGAUUCAGCAUCGGAUCUGAGUGAUGAUGAUCCCGCUUGGGAGACUUGGGAUGAUUAUAGGAGUAAAGCUUCAAGGGGAACGGGAACAAGAACGGGAAUGGAAAUGGGAAUGGGGAGAUUGAAAGACUGGUUUGCGAGGCGCUGA